AUGGACUCAAACAUAUUGAAAACAAAUUCUUCUUACUUCCACCAUCUGGGAAAAUUUCUGGACCCAGCGGUUGGGAACAAUUCUUACUGGGUACUGUGCUGGCGGGCUACAUUGCACGGCUGGAAUGUCCGUACACAGUUUCACAAACGCUGCGAUGGAAAAAGAGACACAGUUACCAUUAUAAAAAAGGGUAAAUACGUUUUUGGAGGUUACACGGACAUUCCAUGGGGUAAGAAUAUUGCUUGCUCAGUUCAAAAGCAAAUAGCAAUAAAACGUAAAGUUGAGUCAAACCAGUCUUCUUAACUAUUUUUACUGCUGUAAGAACUAGGGAGGCUGGUUGUUACGUAUUAACGAUUCUGUAAAAUUGCGGAUAUGUUGAAUAUCUAUCCUCCCGGUUCCUGGCGAGAAAAUACAUGGACCAUAGUAUUAACUCAAUAGUAUGUCUUCUACACAGGCUACCAAACUGUAACACCCACGGGCAUUUUUGUCUGAUUUUUGGCAACAUGGCUAUUCUUACUAACUCGAGUAAGCUGAUUUCGAUAAUUACUCUUGCCAAGCUCAAGCUUGUGUUAAGGUGGAGUUUUGAGGCAUUUCCUUAUGACUUCACUGUACAAAUAAGGAGUUUUCUUUCCUUCCCCAAUUUUAAGGUGAAUAGAUCCAGAAAUGGUUUCAAAGGACUCUACGUACAUUUGAGUGACCAUUUAGAGAAUUUAUGCAACGCUGUUUCUGCGAAUUUCGAGGCGUCACAUGACAACUGACCACACCCUUUGAUAUAAAAUUCGCACACUUAUGGCUAAAGAUGUAAUAUUUAUCGUGAUAAUUUCAUUAAGAUAAUUAAAUUUAAUAGAUCCAGAAAUUGUUUCAAAGAGUUCUACAUAUAUUUAAAAGACCAUUUAGAGAAUUUAUAAAACGCUGUUUCUGAGAAUUUCGAGGCGUCACAUGACGCACUUUUAAUAUAAAAUUCACACAAGUAUGGCUAAAGAUGUGGUAUUUAUCGUGACAAUUUUUUUAAGAUAGUAUUUUAAAACACUAUAGAUAGUAUAGUAGAUAGUACAUGAAAAUAAGCCAUUCUUUGAUUGCUCGAGCUCUUGGCAGUUAUUGCAAAACAUUCACAUUCCUGCAUUAAUUUUCAUGUCACUAAAUAAGUUUCAAGACCAAGGCAACUUCGAAAUUCGAGUAAGUUCAAAUAGUUUAGGAUAGCCAGACUGCUUAAUAAGAUGUAGGUGCAUGGAGAAAUCUAAAAAGAUAAGGAGCUGCAGCGAUUCUCUCAGUACAGACGCUGAGGAGUGGCUUUCCACAAGGACCGACGAGAGAUGUGCAAAGCUGCUAGAAGCGCAAAGGCACGGAAAAGUGUUUGUGAUGAACAAAAUAAAGAGACAAUAAAAAGACAAAACAUAAGAGAUGUAACCACUCCUAGGGCUUUCCACAAGUUGCUCGGCAACUUUUUGGCAACUUCUCGUAUUUUGAGCAACUUCUCGAGUUAUCUUCUAAUUCUGAGAUAUCGGAGCAGCUUUUAGUGCUUCAAAUUGGCCUUUCUUCCAUAUUUCACAAUGUUUAAAUAAAAAAUUUCUGAAUUUCCUAUAAAAAAAAGAAGCCAAAUCCUCUCCCUGGGACAGAUCAUGGGCGCAGGAUAAAAGUAGCCAGGCUGCUAGGUCAGCUGUUUUUAGAGAAAAUUCAAAAUGGUGGACGAAGAUUCACACUCGACUGGCUUGUGUCUCGGGUGAACAAGGUCAUUCAACAUUUUUAUUGGCUCAUUAGACUUUCUGGUUUUUAUUUAGGACAAAGUUAUUUAGCAACGCUGGUUACGUCGCAAAAUUGAACAAAAUGCUUAGAAAUCUUACUUUUGUUGUACAAGUUGCAUAUUUUAGCAUCAGACCAAAAAAAGGUUUUUUUUUUUUGAGCAACUUUUGAGGAACUUUUGUUUGUUUUUUGAGCAACUUUUUUGAGAAAUAAGGGAAACUUUUUGAAAAAUCUCGAGCAGCUUGUGGAAAGCCUAACCACUCAUGACUCACUUCGUCUCACAAUGGCACAGAAAUUUGUUAUCGUGACUUCAUACACAAAGUGAAAAUUGAGCUUCUGAAGGAAAAGCUAUAUGUUAAAUAGGCAACUUACGAUCCGACGACGCCGACGGCAACGGGAACGCCACAAAAGCAAUAGGUUUAAUUAGCAAAACAACAAUUCUGCACUUGAAUCGCGCUUUUUUGUACAUUUCUUUGCCGUCACUGCACGACUACGACGUGAAAAUCUUUAAUUUCACGAUGUACAGAGGAAGUACACAAGCGACGUCGAAAUUUCCUCUCUCUUUCUGAACUUGGAUAUGGUUCUUAGGAAUUCAACUUUAGGAGGGUUCGCCUACAUUUGACAAAGUGAGUGACUUGGAGUAAUCUCGAUGAAGAUUGAAAGAACGCGAAUUCACUUUUUUCAGCGACGUUUUACCUGCCGUCGCCGUCCUAGGGUCUUAAGGUCCCUAAUAAUACCCCCCUAACGCAGAAGAAAAGUAUUUCUUUUGACAACGAGGCGGCCUCCACUUCAUUAAAAGGGCAAGUAGCACGAAGUAGUAGGAGAAGUGUCGCACCUGUACAAUGGAGUCUUUCUGUACUUUGCCAAAAAUCCGAAAACACCGAGAGCUGCUCAAAUCAUUUACAUCAUUCAAUGUAAGCAAUUCAGUUCCAGCAAUUGAAUCAUCUUAUCUGGAUAUGAACUGAAUUUCUGACGAUUACUUGGAAUUGUUUUUACUUCCUCAGUAGGGUCUGAAUCGACUGGCCGCUAAUACCGUCCAGUGACAUCACUACUCAUUUUCCUAAGUCAUGCAAAAAGUAAAACACGAUUUUCAACCGGCAAACAAAGAAAUAUCGUUUGGAAAUGUCUACAUGAUACAGAAGUGCUUUACUCUCUUUGAAUGUAAUUCAUAUUUAACGUUUAAAAUGUCAACUGCAUGCAGUACUCUGAACGAAGUCUGUUGUACGUUUAAUUCAAUACUCAAACUCGAUCGCGCUCACUCACGGAACACUUCAAAAACACAACGAUUUGCUUUAAAAAAAAAAAGAAGCUAUUUGGUGCUUAACGAAGAAGAAAAAAAAACAAGAAAAAAAAGUUAAACAGAAUCAUUACACUUGACGGUGGAAAUUACAAGACUUAAACCCCAGAAAUUUUCGCUUUCGAAUUUUUUAACUCCACACAAACAUGCCAGGCAUCCGACCCGGCAAUCCUGCUAAAAUUUCUCAUAACUAUACAUAAUUCUGCGAAUGUUUGGACAAGAAUCAACCAAUCAAACACUACCCGGUUUUCGGGUAGUGACGUCACACUGGACGGGAUUAUAUUAGCGGCCUGUCGAUUCAGACGUUGCUAAAAGAGUAAAAGAGGACUCGAAGUAAUCGUCUGAAAUUCAGGCUAAUCUGGAUAAUACAAUAACAUUCCGCUUAGCUGAGGACAGCGAUCUCAUUGCUGCAAAAGGGCCGGGAAGGUACAAAAAGUGUCUGAGCGCUUAGUACCAGACUGGCAAAAACAAAAAGGAAUCUCAACAGGCAGUUAUCGUUAUGAUUUUAUCUGCUUUGAGCUCGGCCACCAUACUGCAGAGCGUAGCCAAAUACUCCAGCUAUCCAACGUAUGGCCGGGAUAUAAUAAGCUAGCCCAAAAAACCAAUACAAACAUACCGCAGUCAUCUAUCAACAGGAAAGCAUCAUGAGAAAAGUGGAUACUUGUUGGAAUUCUUAAGCACUAAUACGGGGAAUUACAUCAUACAAGUUAUGAUGUACGCUCCUAGUUACUCAACGCUGUUAGUAGAUCUACUGCACAAGGAGGGCCAUAUACAGCUACGACAGGCAAAUCCUCAAUUAGGACCCCUCACUGGGGCAAGAUACAGUCUGUUGUUGAAAGAGAUAAAUGGCACCGUUGUCCUAACUGGUUCUAAACCCGGACAACUUCCUGAUGCAGUUCACUGCUAAUAACAUUGACAUCAACCAUUCGUUACUAGGUGGAAAGGACACUUUCCACGCAACACAGGUACCUGGUUGACAAAGAGGCCCAAAUAAAACAAAGCAUUUAGCAAGCUUGAGGCCCAAAGUGAAUUGUGAAAUUACUAGGAUUCAACAUUGCACAAGAAAAACAAAAAGUUGUAUAUGUAUUCCUAAGUACAUUACAAAAAAAUAAUUGCUGUCUUUACACUAGGCUGUUAAGUAAGACUUAAGAGCUGCUAAGUUUUACUUAACCAAAAAUUCGUGUGUGAAGGCCUAAGUAAAAUCUCAAGUAACUUUACUUUGCAUUUCAUUAAAGUUGGAAAGUUGAAACGAUUCAAGAAAGUUUUAAGCGACUUGAAAAGCAUCCUUAAAACCGACUUACUUGCGGUUUCUUGGGAUGCUUACCAUUUGACAGAAAAAUCUGGCUGGGGUGUCGAAAGCAUAAUGGUAAGCGAUUUACCAGUUUACCGUAGAGUUGCCACAUCCGUUACGGUUUGAAUCCAAAAAGGGGACGAAUGCGUCUGGAACCGAGAAAUUGGUAGUUGGUAAGCAACAUUGCGUUUGGUUUGUACCAACUGGAAUGAACGGACUACCUCAAAACGUACUCCUCAAUUUUUGGUUGGAAUUUCCGAAAAGUGACCUUACCAUUUAUCAUCCAUCCGGAAUUUCCGAAAUUUUCUGUCAAAUGGUAAGCACCCUUGAGGUUUGAGAAAGGCGAAACACGUCAAUCAAUCGUAAUUAUGUUGCGUGGGAAAAUAGCCUUAAGUUAACCUGAAGUAAAAAAGAAUCGGUUGUGUGUGAAGCUUUAUUUUACUUGAAGUAAUUAAAAUUUGCUGCUCUUGAAAUAUUUCUUAGCUUAUUUAGGCUCUAGUGUAAAGACGACCAAUGUGAUAAAUAUACAAGUGAUAAGGUGAUUUUUCUAUAAGAAGGCGUGGUCAAGGUCACGUGAUGGCUGUAUGUUAAUAUAAGCAGCGUAAAAACAAUCAGAAAUUCUUAGAAUAUAAUUUUUAAAACACUAAUAACGCUUUAAAAGAAUUUCUGUCUCUUUUAAAUUUGGAAUUGUUAAAGGAAAGAAAACCCCUCAUUUGGACAAUGACGUCAUAGGAAAAAUCCCCCAAACUCCACCUUAGCACAAGAUCUGAGUUUGGCAACAAUGAUUUUCAAAAUCAGCGUACUCAAGAUAGUUAGAAUACCUAUGUUGCCAAAAUCAGACAUAAAUGCCUGUGGGUGUCACAUUUUGGUUUCCUGUGCACCCGACCAGACUAUACCCGCGCAAAAAAGUGAAAACUACCGUAUUAUAAUAACUCACAGCAAUUUUUGCGGUAAAAUCCUUUAUAAUUACCUGACGGGAUACCCGUCGAAUGGAGGAUAUUAGAUACGUCGUCUUUACCCGCGGCGUUCUUCACCAUCAGUAGGCCAUGUCUGAUUACAGGGUUAUUAAUUCUUUCAUUUAAGUCCAAUUCUUAUUUCCUCAGUGGCACUUACCAAGGUAACAUGUAGAUUUAGCGAGGGCCAAAAACGAAGCUCUCAUUUGAUCUUUUAAGUAAUGCCUUUGAAGAAAGCUGUAAACCUGAGGCUUCGAUACGGACAGUUGUUAGCGGAUACCCUAUUUUGACAAGUGGAUGUCUAAUAUCAAGUUAAUCACAAAUCGAAUAUACCUUAGAUUAACGCUUAUAACAAGUGAGUGUGACAUUUUACAUGCGGUAAUAUGAAAGGGCGGACGUAAGGACGGAAGAUUGUGUCACAAUUAAAAUUCCUUGAAUGCAUAGAUAACCAAAUUUUAUUAUCCAUAGUGCCCGGCUGCUUUUGUUUCGCGAGCACGAGAGCCCCGCCGUUAUACCUAAUGUUUACCUACAAUCCUUGUCACAUUACGUUGGGACACCCCGUGCUGUACCCAUUUCCUGACAGAAAAAAUGUGCUCCUUCCCUCCCAGUGUUGUUGUUUUUUUUUGGCUCCUGUCAUUCCAACUCGCAAAAUCCAACAUUAAGGGGGUAGAAAAUACCACUACUGUCCCAGCUAUUGUGACGAGUGUUGUAGGUAUAUCAAUUCUUGUACCUUGGUAAAACGAUCAAGUCAAACAAGUCGACAUCAUGUGUUCUUAUUUACAUUGGAUUAUUACGGGAUGAAAAGAAAUGCUUUAUUAUUUUGUUUUCAUUUCAUUUAUUUAUUUCUGCCGCUAAAAUUUAUAACUUCGAGGAAUCCAUCUCCAUUGGUUAUUGUGUCUAGUUACAUAUUUUGCUUUUGUUGUUCACACUUUUAGUUUUUUCGAUCAAGUUAGUGUGUGUGAAGUUCCAGGUGGGGUACCCCCAUAAAUUUCGGAUAGAUGUUUGUCUCCGAGGGCCUGAAGUACUGACCCUAUUUGAGGAUGAGAGAAACGAAAACUGAUACCUUAUUUAAGGGCGUGUCUCCGUAAAAACCGACCCGUGAUUUCGGAUCAAAAAAUUAAUUUUCCUUGUAUUCUAGGAUAUUAAAGUCUUUACCUAGUUAGUUACAAAAAUGCAUGUUGUUUGACCGGAAAUGCGAAAUAUAAUUUUUUACGAAUUUUUGAAUUUUCGGCCGGCUGGCACCGGCGCCAUAGCCUUUGAAACUGCAAAACUUGCCUACAUUGCCGGCGCUACAGAGAACAAACAACUCGUUCAAGAAGCUCGAUUUUCUUUUUAAUAUACGAAUACACGGCAAGAACCUUUUCCUUGCAUGUGUUAUCAGCCUGCCAUCAAAACACAAAAAUAGCGCAACUUUGAGGGCAGUUUAAAAAAGUGUGGCACCUGUCUGAACGUUGCUAUCUGUAUUAAUACAAACUAGAAAUGAUAGUAAAACGUAAAAAGGAAUAAAGUUUUUGUUUUUUUUACGUUUUCGAACAUGUCCGCCGUUUGAAUUUCCAGAAAUUUUGAAGACCUUAUAAUUAACGAACACUUGCCUUGUGCUUUGCUCGUGAAAGUCAACUUCACUUGAUGGCUUGAUGGAUUUUACCUUGGUUCUUUUUUACCUUGGUUCCCUUAUCCCUAAGGAAAAGGUCUGAAAGGUUAGCCAUCACAUGUCAAUGCAAAUAAGAAAUGCAUUAUCGUUAUAUCAUAUAUCAUAUAUCAUCUCUGUAUAUCUGUCUUUAAAGACUAUGUCCAUCUUCAUAACUAACUGUAAGGAAUAGCAAUACAAUAAACAAAGGGAGGAAAAUAAGAAAAAAAAGGAAAGUUGAAAAAAAUGUGUGAUUCCAUUUCACUCAUAGUUCUUAUUAAAUUUGUUUUGUUUUAGUUUAUGAUAAUGCAUUUAAAGUCAAGAAUAAAAAUAAAUAAAUAAAUAAAAUUCAAACUAAGGAAAAUACACUACAGAGUAACUACACCUCAGUGUUUACUCAAAAGUUAAUACUUACGUUUUGUUGGUUUGUUAGAGUCCAGUGGUGGCAAUGGCUUCACUCGCAAGGCGUUUAUUUUUUCAAUUAGCAAUAAAGAAGAACUGGAUCCCUUUGUGGUUGAGGUGAGGAGGCCAGACGGGGCAAUUUACAGGUCGUCAGAUUAUGGUCCAGUGUUUGGUAUUGACAUCAUCAUUGUUAAUAAUGCCAACAGUAAGAGCGACUCAAUAGCACGCUUUGCCUAUUACUACCCUGCUCCUGCUGCAGUGCAGGACCAGUACACAAUCCUGGCCGGGACUUUCCGCUUCUCACCUGAUGAGGUGGAGGUAUUUUAUCUUGACCCUACUCAAUAA